GCCAACUUCCUGCUGUUCCAGCGGAAAACCAAGCUGAAGCUGUCCGACUUCGGCCUGGCCAGGGUCCUGGAUCCGAACAAAACGCACAUCAUAUCAAAAGGAAAAAUCCCCCCUCCCCAUGUCAAAACGAAGUUUCUGAUGCUGGAUUUGCGUACACGAAUCAGAUUUGUCUUGCUGGCAAGGACUGCAGGCCCUUAUCAAGCCUGAGAAGACAGGUUUUGGCCUAGGCGCGUAGCAUGACAGACUUCUUCGCUGUAGGAACAUAAGCAUGACAAACCGCCUGUAGAAUGCGGCGGAGCCUGUGGAGUUGCCUUCACGCAACACAGAGUCGAUUUGUGGUUACAAACCAGCAACACAAAUCUUCGAAAACGUAGCUUGCCAAUAUGGGGAGGGGGGGUUUUUCCUUUUGAUACAUCAGCCGCCACCGCCACUGCGGCACCGUUUUGUAUAUGGCGCCGGAGGCAUUCCACCAAGGCGAGCAGUACGAGCACAGCAUGAAGAUGCGGUCCGAAACCGACGUGUGGUCGCUGGGCGUGAUUCUGUACGCCAUGAUCUACGGACGACCCCCGCACGCGCACUUGUACACCCCGCGCGGCGGGGCCAACCGCGCCAUGUUUUCCAUCAUCGAUCCCUGCAUGGAAAUCCAAUAUCCCGACCGAUACUCGGUCUACGCGGCGGCCAGCGACAGCUGCACGGUGGCACGACAAGAUG